ACUGGCCCAACACUACUUUAACCGAAACAAAUUUGAUUAAAUUAUAAAAUUUUAUUCCUUUAAUCAACGAUCCACACCUCGCGAAUUAGGGUUUAAGAUUUGCGAAUUCGCCUGGCGCUGUGAUUUUUAAUCGAUCUACGCUCUUGUGUGAAUUUGUAACCAUGCCGAGGUACUACUGUGAUUAUUGUGACACUUAUCUCACUCAUGAUUCUCCGUCGGUGAGGAAGCAGCAUAAUGCAGGAUACAAGCACAAGGCAAAUGUGCGGGAGUAUUAUCAGCAAUACGAGCAGCAACAGCACCAGAUUUUGAUUGAUGAAAGGAUCAAGGCUCAUCUGGGGCAAGCUGCUGCCUUUCAGCAAGUGGGUGCAGCUUACAAUCAGAUGAGACCCCGUAUGGCUGUAUUACCUACUCCUAUGAUGCCCAUGCCCGGUAAUCCGCAAAUGGCCAUGACUGGCCCGUUGUUACCUGGAAUGAGGCCUCCAGUUUUGAUGAGACCAGCUUACAUGCCCGGCCCAGGCAUGCCUCCGAUGACGACCACUCCACCUGGUGCUCCUCCCUUGCCAGGCCAAGGCCAAGUUGACGGUGCCCCUAGGCCUAUGUUAAUGAAUCCCCCGCCAAUAGUUCCGGGCAGCGCACCUGCUUCAAGCGCGGCGUUUACACCGGUGAUGUAUCAAGCCAACCCAAAUCCAGUAGCACCGAGUGGAGGAUUUGAUAGUUCCAAUGUGAAUGCACAACCCCAAGCUGCUGAGUCUGGUCAUUAGGUUAAAGGGGGUAGUUUCGACUUUGGAAAUUUUCAAUUGAGUUGUGCACUUGGACAUGCUUUGUUUGCAGAAACUUAUAUGUGGCUUGUUUGUACCUGUUAUGAAUUGUACAAGAAGCAAACUGAUGUAUGUUAAUCUAUGUUUUAUACUUGUUAAAAGGCAUAUGUGCUUGUGUAACUUGGAUUAAUAUUUCACAGUCAAAUUAGUUCUUGACGGAUUUCAAAUUUUUAA